UAGCCCACAGGACGAGGCUCCGACGCCGCGUAGUUCCGCAUUCGGCCGCCACCGCGCCGUGUCGCUUCCAUCGCAGCUAGUAUCGCUGAGAGCUCGCCGGAGGCGGACGUACGUUCCUCCGCAUCCCCGCUCGAUCACUACACGAAACAAGUUUUUCCAAAUUUGAACUGAUCAAACAACCCGCUAACGACAAACAUCAUAAUGAACUACUGUGAAAUAAUUACAAGACUGCUUCGCAAACUGAUUUAAAGACAGUUUAUUGUGCAAUUUGUGGUUUUACUUAUCUUUAUCUUUGACGAAGGUGUAACAAAAACCGCGAGUGAAAUUGUUUAUUGUUUUGAAACAAAGACGUUGUAGUUUGAAUUUCUGUUGUUUUUCUUGUUUACGAGGACGCAAACGAAUAGUGUUGAAAAGAGACAGAAUGAGGUCCCAUUGGCUUGGAGCGACAGGUGUGGCGGGGUUAGCGGUGUUACUGGCAACUUUAUCAGGAUGUUCAGCGCAGAGCCUGCAGAUAUUCCCGAAGCAGGAGCAGCAGACGGUGGCGGUGGGCAAGUCGGUAGUGCUCACCUGCCAGGCCAACACGCCGGAUCCCGCGCUCGUCACGCAGCCGCAGUGGAAGGACCCUAAGGGUCAGGUCAUCAAUGCUGCUUCCCCGAGCACUCGACCAGAGAUCUACACGGAGUCGAGCCCCACGAAACAGCUGCAAACGCUGUACAUAUCGUCGAUCACACCCGCCAUGGCUGGCAAGUACACCUGCGUGUCCGCCUACACCAACGAACCCAUGAGCGCUAGCGUCGUCUUAGACACCUUUGUUGCCAUUACAUGGAUCAACGCUAACGAGAAUCAAUUCGCAACUAAGGGCAAAGACUUCAAAGUGAUGUGUGAGGUAGCUGCUGAGCCUGCGCCGUCUGUUGAUUGGUUCAAAGAAGGAACUUCGAUCUCGACUGGCGACAGAUAUGUUAUUCAUGCCAAUGGUCUAAUGAUCAAAAACAUCGAAGAAAGUGACGAUGGGACUUACACUUGUCGAGCUGUUGUCAUCCAAACUGGUGAACUUGCAGAAAGGAAUAUAAAACUUGAGGUUUACACUGCACCGGAGAUGGAAGAGCGUGAGCCAAGGGUGGAAAUUAAAGAAGGAGGAUCUGCUGCCAUCACAUGCAAAGCUAGAGGCAAACCCCCACCGAAAUACUCCUGGAUUAAAGCAUCGACACGAGAGAAUUUGGCAAGUACAUCUCGAUUUAGCGUAAACGAAAUCACUGGAAUGCUAACGUUCGAUAGAGUCGAAGCAGGAGAUUACGGUAAAUACAUAUGCAGCGCUGUCAACCAGGCUGGUCAAAACGAAACUGAAAUCGAAGUAGAAGUGCUUGUUCCACCGAAGAUAUUCGAGUUGCAUAAUAUGACUGUCGCUGAAAAGGCCGAAGGGCGGUUAGAAUGCAAAGCUACAGGACGACCUGCACCUAGGAUUAGGUUCCGUAAACAUUCUAUGACAGAACCUUUUGUAAAUGGACCUAACGAUGAUGGAAGAAUAAACAUUGAAACCAGCUCUCAUCAAACCGGUGAUCAAAUGCAAUCUAGUGCAGUAAUUACUAUUUCAAACGUAAAUAGAACAGAUGAUGGUUUAUACGAAUGUAUAGCAAAUAAUGACGGUGGCGAGGCAAGGAAGAAUGGACAUCUGAUGGUAGAAUUCAGGCCUGUAUUUAACCCCAAUCAAAAUAUACCAUUGGUUUGGAGUUGGAAUUCCCAACCAGUGAAUAUCAGUUGCAUAGCGGAGAGUAUCCCCAACGCAACUAUCAAAUGGAGGUUUCACGAGCUGGACUUGGUAGAAACACCCCAUGUGAGGAUUUAUGGAGCAGGGCCUUACAGCACCGUAAGAGUAACUCCAACUGCGCGAACUCUGUAUGGACAUUACAAAUGCAUCGCCACCAACCGACACGGCGAAGCCGUUCAUUCAACAGAACUCAGGGAAGCCUUUGUGCCGGGACCUGUCACUCAAGUGCGUCAAGAAAUACUAACAGCUACAUCAGUAACAUUCAAUAUCGUGGGACCUGCUGAAGAAAUGAAUCCACCGAUUCUGGCUUUUACUGCUCAAUACAAAGAGAACGGCAAUUAUGAUUGGAACUUUGCGAAGAACCGAACUUGGUCUGUGAGCUCACCGUACGUGGUGGAGGAUUUAAAACCGAUGUUCUCAUACGAUUUUAGAUUCGCGGCAGUAAAUAUAGUCGGAGGCGGUAGCUGGGGAGCACCUAUUACUGUCGUCAUGCCGAGGAGGUCGCCACCUGAGCAACCAAAAUGGAGACAGCCACCCACUCCCAGUCCUGAAUCACUGCAGCACGGAAAAUAUGCUGACAGAUAUGAACUACAAUGGAGAAUUCCAGCUCAUAACGGAGAACCUAUCGAUAUGUAUGAAGUCAGCUAUUGCCCAGUGCUGAAAGUUAGCGGUGAAUGGCGUGAAUCAUCUGAAUCUCUGUGCGUUACUCAAGAACUGAAGUCUUAUGAAGCUAUUAAUUACGAAGUCACCGGUUUGCAACCCGACACGCGCUACCGUAUGAGUGUUCGUGCCCACAAUAUCUUGGGCUUCUCUAAGCCCGCGACUCUCUAUGUCCAGACCGCUCUCGGUGUACCCUUCUCCGGAUAUGCACCUUCUCAAAUGUUAUCAAGUGGCGCCAUCAUCGGGCUGGCUUUAGCUGGAGUCUUCAUCUGUCUCCUCAUCGUGGAUCUCCUGCUCCUCUGCUUCAGGCGGCAGGGCGUUAUUGCCACUCUCUGCGGUAAACGUGGCAAGAAGCACAAGGACGAUGAAGCCAAGUUGGGAAGUCUGUACGGUUGGCGUUUCCCGCUCCCUUAUUGCAGCACGAAGCCGCGCGCGCCUCCGUCCCCCGCGCCCUUGCCGCCGCCCGUCAAGCUCGUACCGACUCCGACCUAUGUCCCGACCACACCAGUAGAUGAAAAGGAGCCUCUUAAAGAUACUGCUGAAGACGCACUGAAGAGGAAUUCAUCUGUAGAAUUCGAUGGCCGGCGAGUUUAUGCCACAAGCGGAGGUCCGAUCAUUGGCAAAAACUCCGCUGUAUAAUCAAUUUGAUUUCAAAAUUGGAUACAUGUAUUGUGCCAAGAACGACUUAUUUGGCUUAGAAACAGCUAUAAAAUGAAAGUAAGACUCUUUGAGUUGGCAAAAGAUAUCGUUUAAUUGCUACGCUUUUUGUUUUAUGCUGAAACUUAGGUCGUUCUUGGCUUCCUUGGAGACGUCUCAUAUAGUUUUAUAUAACUUUAAGCUCUAUUUAUAAUCUACGCGAAUGUGGGACUGUACACGUUUGACUUCAUUUCAAAUCAUCAAAUUGGUAGUUAGGCAGUAAGUUCAACAAAGUUGUUUCUUUCAAAAAACUUUUCAAUGUAUGUUCGCAAGUAAAUAUUUGGCGGGAAAUGCCUAAAAUUAAAACAUACCCCCUUAUUGAUUGGUUUGUCCCUUUCUUACAAAUACAUGAGACAAAAUGUCAGAUUAAGACAAACUAUUAUUAGCUUAUUGAGACUUGUAGCUCGUUUAUGAUUAAGGGGGUUAGUGUAUAUGUCAAUGUUUUUUUGCUGUCUAGUUGAAAAAGUUGGCAACUUAAUAAGUUGACGGAAAAUAGUUCUUAUGCUACAGUCUUUAAGUAAGGAAUUUUUUU